CCUGGUACACGCAGAGCUGUCGCUUGCAGGGUUCAGUGUAUCCCGUUGAGCUCAGAUUUCCCCAACAGCAACCGUGCGAUGAUGAAGAGGUUCGGAAGAAUAGCAACGUGCCUACUCUCCUUCAAAGGAGGGUCCCAAUCGUUCACUCUCCGAGCCCAUUCCGCGGUUCGGCGGGCACCAGUAAGAAGGGAAAGGGUGGAUUGUGGUGGUAUUGGUGGGGGUGGAGUUAUCUUGAACAAGACGGGUUACUCGGCGAGGUCGCGACUCUCGUCGUCCGUCAUCGUGGACGUUGAAAGCACGUCCACUGACGAGCCGGUGGGAGAUCUGAAAGCAAGGCUGUUGAGGGCAUCCGCUGGUGUAAAUCGAGGGCUCAGCUGCCGAGAGGGAGACCAGGAGGAAAUUUUAGAGAUCGUGGAAGAGCUAGAGAGGCAAAACCCGAAUCCGACGCCAAACGACGGAUUCUCGGAGGGCGCCUCUAUCCUUGCGGGCGAGUGGAAGCUCAUUUUCACGUCCGCGUUGGACGUGCUGUCGCUGGGAUUAAUCCCAGGCGUGGAAAUCGGCCAGAUAUUUCAGAACAUCAACGAGGAUGGGACCGAGAUCACGAACGUGGUUGACCUUCAGCCAAAGGCGGCGCCGGUGUUGGAGCGCUUCGCGGGCAGCACGUCGGCAAGACUAGAGGUCUUCGCCGCUGCUUCGUUGGAGGGAGACAAGCGCCUCACGCUCUCGUUUCGCCGCUCGCAGUACUCGCCGCAAACGCUUCUCGGUCGGGACGUGUCGGCGACGCUGCCUCCGUUCAAGGUCAGCUUCCCGGAGAUCCCCGGCACCAACGCCGGAUGGAUUGACACCACCUUCAUCGACGAAGAAAUCCGGGUUGCGAGAGCUUUUGGUGGAAAUCUGUUCGUUCUGGCUAGAGUCUGAACAACAACGAGAAGGCGACCAAAAUUCGGGCGUGCGGGUAGAGGGCUUGGCGUGCACGCUGCGGAGUACACAGCCGGGAGCCGUUUCUCGAACGCUUUUGGUGUGACCCGUGAGUUAUUUGCUGUUGCACAGGAUGGACUGAUGAUCUGCGUAGUGACCAUCCGGAGGGCUUGGGUGUUUCUGGUGCAUAUGCAUGCAUGUACAGAGUGCAUGAGGAUACGUUGGAGGGCGACAUAGAGGAGAUGUCAGUAGGGUUGUAGGGACUAUGGCAGAAUCUGUGUCGUGCUGACCUCGCUUUUGGGUCGCAAGAAGCGAGCGACUACAGGUAGCUGUUGUUCGACCAUGUGGUGCACUUUUUGGCUGGCAUUGUGUGUUGUCUUCGGUACUACUGUUCUACAGCAGUUUGCUCUUCGAGGCGUACCAUAUCAUACGACCGUUUUCUGGUUGCCACUGCAGCGCAACUAAAGCGCCCAACAGUACGCACUGAAUCAACAAUGUCGAGUCUGAUGCUCUCACCGGGAUGAGUGCGAAAUGGGCGGAUGCGUGUGUGUGUGGAAGGCGUUGCGGUGUGAAUAUACUCAUCAUUGUUGAGUAAGUGGUAACCUCAGGACCAUAUACAGAAGGUGAAGAGGAACGAGUUCGGGCGUCCCUGCUGUUUUUCCCGAUUUCAUGCCACCUCUGUUUCGCGUUCAAAAUCAUGGCAUGCGCCGAACGCUGAAAACGGCAUGGCGAAAACAGAAAUAGAUGAGCUUACGCAUUCCAUUGAAGCCUGGG